GUCUCAAUCACGCUGCUAUAAAUAGCUUACAUAGGGCCCGCUGGUGCGCAGUCUUUUUUCAAACCCGCUUUCACUCACUCGAAAAUUUCGAAAAUUCACGUUUUGAAAACAUUCGCGCAGCUUAGGUGUUGAGAACGUGAUUACUAACAAGAAAUUUUAGUAUAAAUUUAGAAAAAUCGUGAAGACGAGGAAAGAAACUCACAUCCUCUUCCCGUUUUAUAUACUUCCUUUCUGAUUCUAAAAGUAUUUACAGAAAAUGAACACAUUUUUGUUGAUGUGCGCCAUUGGCCUAUUCCUUGCAGUCACAUCCUGUCAGUCGCAACAUCAUCACGGUCACCCGAACCAAAAUAACAUACCGCGCGACGAAAAGGUUUCCGAUCAUCGGGAUCAGCACCGCGAAAGCACCACUUGGAUACCGAUACUCAAGUAUAAUAAAGAACAAAGUGAAGAUGGCAGCUAUAAGACCGAAUAUGAAACCGGUAAUAAUAUUGUGCAUGAAGAGACCGGUUUUCUGAAGGAUUUCUCAGAAACAAACCCCAAUGGCGUGCUAGUGCAGCAUGGUCAAUACUCUUACCAAUCGCCCGAGGGUGAUGUCGUUAACGUACAGUAUACUGCCGAUGAGAAUGGUUUUCGCGCGACUGGCGAUCACAUACCCACACCACCCGCCAUACCGGACGAAAUACAAAAGGGUUUGGAUCAGAUCUAUGCAGGUAUAAAAUUGCAACAGGAACGUCUGGAGCAGCGUGCUAAGAGCGAUCCUGAUUUUGCCAGGAAACUGGAAGAGCGUCGUUUGGCAAAUAAGAAUGGUCAAUAUAUAGGGCCAUUGGAAAAUGCUUAAGUGUGCCAGUCGCAAAUCUAUUGUUUUAUUGGGCGAGCUAAAAAUCGGUUUUAAGAUAUUUAAAUUUAUAACGAAAUUCGUAAGCGGUUGUGGCGCUUUUAUAAAGAACAAAGACUGUGAUUUGCUGCGAGUGGAUCGGUGGCAUUAACUUAAAGAAAAAUUUGGAUUGUGAAACUUUGAAUACAUACAUAUAUCAAGUAAAAUCGUAAGAAUUCGGAUAUAUAAAAUAUUCGCGGUGUGGUUUACAUAAAAUUAGAAAUUUUGGAAAAUAAAAUUUGAUAAUAUUUUUUUAAAAAUCAUACAUGUAUAAUAAUGCAUAAACCAUGUACACAUAUUACUUGUACCUAAAUAACUAAAGAAUAAUGAAGAAUAGUCUAUAUGAAUAAAAGUGAAGAUUGUUUACAAAGUA